GGGGAGAAGAGUCUGCGGAGUGUGAUUCCCCACUCACUGCAUUGAAAUAAUUGCUCUUGUCGGUAUAUGCUUUGGGAGGAAAUUCCAUGGCCUUACUCAAAUUCUCAAAAGAGUUCUUAAGACUCCAAGUUUUUAUCAUUAUUUCUUUGGUUGUGACCACAGCGACUUACAAUGUCAGAUGCUGAGCACAAUCUAAGAAGCCAAAACUGAAGCAUUCUUAAUCCAGUUCUGAAGACCCCACACUUGUGAACAUUUGGCACAUUUAUUUGGACUUAAAUACUUUUUUUUUUUUUUACAGGCGAUUGGACGUCCCUUUAUGCCUCCGUACUGGUCUCUGGGAUUUCAGCUAAGUCGAUGGGGCUAUAAUAGCAUGGAUGUGCUGGAAAAAACGGUUGAACGUUUAAGACAGUAUGAUAUUCCUCAUGACGUUCAGUACUGUGACAUUGACUGCAUGGAACGCCAGCUGGACUUCACAUACGACGACGUGAACUUUGCUGGCCUGCCCGAGUACAUUAAGAAACUGAAAAAUGACGGAAUGCAUUAUGUCAUUAUUUUGGAUCCUUUUCUGACAAAAGAUGAACCACAAGGUACUUACAAACCCUAUGAACUUGGACAAGAAUUGGGAAUUUGGGUCAAUAACUCUGAUGGAGUCACACCAGCUGUUGGCAAGGCCUGGCCUCCAGGAGAGUCAGUGUAUCCAGAUUACACCAACCCCAAAACAGCAGAAUGGUGGAUACAGAUGUGUAUGGAAUUUAAAGCCAUCCUUGAUUAUGAUGGGAUCUGGAUUGAUAUGAAUGAACCAUCCAAUUUUCAAAAUGGCCAACAGCCAGGCUGUGUAGAGAAUCAUCUAAACUACCCACCAUAUGUGCCUGAUAUCACAGGUGGAUUACUGGCUGAGAAAACAUUAUGUCCCAAUUCCAAGACUUAUCUGGGAUAUCAUUAUGAUACGCAUUCUCUGUUUGGCUGGUCACAAGCAAAACCUACUUUCUAUGCUUCUCAGAAUGCUACAGGGAAGAGAGCUUUUGUUUUGAGUCGUUCAACAUUUGUUGGGAGUGGGAAAUACACUGGCCAUUGGCUGGGUGAUAACUUCUCACGCUGGAGAGAUAUGCAUAUGUCGAUCAUCGGAAUGCUAGAAUUUAAUCUCUUUGGAAUUCCAUACAUUGGAGCUGAUAUAUGUGGGUUUAAUGAAGAGACAACUUAUGAACUUUGCCUGCGUUGGAUGCAACUUGGGGCAUUUUAUCCCUUUUCCAGAAACCACAAUGCAAUUGGGCAUAAGGAACAAGACCCUGGGGUCUUUGGAGAAGAGUUUGCUGCAAUUUCCCGUUCUGCAUUAAGGAUUAGAUACUCAUUACUGCCUUACCUGUAUACCCUCUUCUACCAUUCUCAUGUCAGUGGAAAUAUAGUGGUCCGAGGAUUGAUGCAUGAAUUUACAUCAGAUCCUCAGACUCAUGAAAUUGACAGAGCAUUCCUUUGGGGGCCAGCUUUAAUGAUUGCUCCAGUACUUGAAGAGGGAGCAAGAUCUGUGUAUGUGUAUUUUCCUGAAGCAUCCUGGUUUGACUUUUAUACAGGAAGGCAAGUAUCACCUUCCUGGCUGAAGAAGUCUGUUGAAGUUCCUGCUCCUCUGGAUGUAAUUCCCCUUUUCAUUCGUGGAGGGUAUAUUCUACCAACACAGUUUCCAGCCAGAACAACAGUGCUGAGCCGCCUGAAUCCUUUCAGCCUCAUAAUUGCCUUAGACGAACAGGGAGAAGCAUCUGGCUCCCUUUUCUGGGAUGAUGGUGACUCUAUUGAUCCUAUUAAAAGGGAAGAGUACUUCUAUGUUGAAUACAAAUUCAGUAAUAGAACUCUGAAAACCACUGUUAUCAAAAAUGGCUACCGCGGAAUUACGACUCUGGCAUAUAGCACAAUUCAGAUCCUUGGUUUCACUUCAAAGCCAAAUGUUAUUUUUAUGAAUGGGGAAGCCAUCCCAAGCAACAGAAUGCAUUAUAGUUCCAAUGGGAAAAUCACUUUGCAGAUAUCUGUACCCCUUUUCCAGGAGCUGACUAUUUCAUUUGGGCAUUGAAAAAAAAAUUUAAAUAACAACCAAAACAAGAAUAGUGAAAGUUAUUUAUAGCAGUUUAGAACAAUUGAAAAUUAUUUGAAUAAUAUGGAAAUAGUUUAAUUUGAAUAGCAAUGCAAUUAAAGUGUUUCAGUCUUGUGUGUUGCCUUGUGUAUUACUCAGAUUCUCU